AAACAAGCGGCGCGCUCAUAUGUGUGUUGUGCAUCCAGACGCAACGAAAACAAAGCGAAAGAAGAUCGCUCACGAAUAGAUAUCGUGAACGAGACAACCCCGUAACCGUACAUUGUGCUUGCAUACCGCCGCGUGCAAUCGAUCAUCUAUGCCAAUCUACUCGGUGUUUUCUCGAGGCUGCAUUUAAGAUGUGAUGCAGUUUCCACCGCGAGAAAAGCGCGAGGAUGACCGGUCUGAUGGUAGAUUAUACGCGCGAAUUGCGGAUGCAGAUCGAAUCGAGAAGUUAGAAGAGGGAGUCCCAUUCGCAAUAGGCAAAAUGAAUCAAUCGUCUAAAUCGAUUAAAGAAUUCUGAUAGAUUGGAAAAUGAUAUUUACGUUUUACACGGUGUGCAUAUAUAUGCUUUGAAGAGCGCGGAGACGGCCAGCUCUAUCGACUAAACAACUUAUAACUGACGGUGGCUAUGGCGCCGUGCUCUUGUUUUCAGUGAUCGGGCACGUCAGUUCUAUCUUGAAUUCGCGAUCCGCCUUUUCAUAUAUUCUGAGAAAGAUUCAAUUACAAAACCUGCCUUUAAUCAUGAAUACGUUUAAACUCGACGAUGAGGCACCGAAUAACCCACGCACACUCUCGUUCAGUUCCUUAGCAGAGGAUAAUAGUCAAACUUCUAUAUCGUCUGUUACUCAUGCGAAUGCAUCCUCUAUUUCUGAACACAAGAUCGUCGAAGUUCGUCCAGUAGAGCAUGAGAUUAUGGACAAUAGCAUGAAGACCGAAUCCGAAGUGGAAAAAUGUGAAAAUUUAUGCAGAAGAGGGAAUAUAGAAAUAACGAGAGACGUCGAUGAAUACGGCGUUCUGCCAGUUUUCUUAAAUUGUGAUCAGAUGUUUGAUUUGAAUCACGAACAUUCAUCUUACUUUAAUUCUAGUACAAGCGACUGUAAUGUUUCCAUGUACGAUGAGUUUGAUUACAACGACAAAACAAUACAGGGAGAAGAUUCAGAUGGCAGUGAAGAAACGAUUAAAGACGAAUUUUCGUUGGACAAUCGACGGGCGAAUUCUAUGUCUAGUUUAACAGAAUUGCGAGAAAAUCUCGUUAGCGUUGAUUCAGCGUACAAAGAAAUAUGUCUAGCGGGACAUGGUGAAGAAAAAUUCGUCGAUUCAGGAAUUUCUUUGACUAGUGGAUUAAAUUUAGAAGAUAAUAAUAGGCUUAUACAACAAGCUAUUGGUAAAUGUGUUAAUUCGCAGAAUAUUUUUGAAAGAAGCGACGCCGCUUAUAAAAUUGAAGAAGACACGAAAAGUAAAGAUAUGAAGCCUGCGCAGAAUGUUACAUAUAUAGAUAUCGAAGAUUCUCUUCAAGAAGAACUAGAUAUAAAGAACGUAUCAGCUACGACAUUAGAAUCUAGUUUCAUAAGCCAUAACGGGAGUUACUAUAAGGACGACUUUGAUAUUUCGAAAUGUAUGGAAGAGAGUGCAAAACAUACGUUAAGCGCCGAAGAAGAUAGUAUGGAAGAAACAAUUACAGAAAUAAAGAAAAUGGAUAAGAUAAUCAAGAAUCUUUUGUGCACCAGUGACGACGAAUUUUCGACGGAAGAGAGAAUGACAGAAGACUUAUCUGCGAAAAUAGAGACCGACCACGAUAAUGUGAUGAGGAAAAUUAUUGAAAGCUGCUCCCAUGUUUCCGCAGAUUUUCAGCAACAUUCACCGAACCGUGAAAUCUCGAGUCCAGAUCCCAUACGAUCGAAUAGCGAAUGUGUAAUUAAGAAAUUGCGAGGAAACGAACUUUUCCCAGGUCGUCACGUCGUUUCAGAGACUGCCAUAGCUACGGAAGAUAUAUUGAGAACUAUCAAGGAAGCGGAGAAAAUACUAACUGAUAGUCCAUAUUGGGACACGUCGGACGCAAGAGCUAAUCAGAUAGAUGCGAAUUAUAACAAGGAUAAUUCGUCGAAAGGAUGUACGAAAGAAAUAAAAGAUGAUGAGCGUGAAAGAGUAAAUGGAAUAACAAUUCAACAAGAAAUUGAUUUUAUCGAGAAUAAAGAUACUAAAAUAAAUUCAGCAAAUAUGGAAACUGAAAAAAUCGUAACCUCGGAUUCUGAUGUUAUUGAAAGCAAUUUGCAAAAAUUAGCUGAAAUUGCAGGUCCAGAUCGUCCUAGAUCGCGCAUCGAGAUUCGAGAAACUUUGAAGAAGAUAGAUGAAGAGAAGAGAAAAAUAGAAGAUCGGAAGAAAGAAUCACUAGAGCUGCUGUCGAAGAAAUUCGAGGAAAUCGACAAGAUCGUUGCUGAUCAUAAUUAUGCAUCUGAUAACAAUUUUUGUGAGCUAAAAAUUUCAGAGGAUGUGGCCGUUGAUUCUAACUGUCUCGACGAGUUCUCGGUUCGGUUUGAUCCGGCAAGUUUCGUAGUUCCUCUAACAAAGUCCGAAAUAAAUGAAAAUUUGAAAAUUGAGGAAUUAGAAAAAGAGCUCGCGAAUGAGAUGGAGGAGCACAAGAAACUUAUGGAUGAAUAUCAGAAAAUUAUAGCUACGGAUUUAGAAGAAAUUCAAUCGACUUUGGAGUCAGAAUCGAUGCAAGCUUACAAUGAUACGGAUAUCGAUGAAGGAAUGAAAAAUGAAUCUAAUGAUGUCGAAAAGAUAAAUGAAGAAUUUUCAAAUGAACCGUCUGAAAUGACGAAUGAUACAGUGGUGAAUACAGUUGAUUCGGAAUCCGAGGAUUCUUUCACAGAGGAAUUGAAAGAACCGAAAAAGACGUACAUCAAAGGAAAGGUCUACAAUUUCGACGAGAAAAAGCAUGGCGUUAGAAUGACGGAAGAACUGAUCAGAAAGCACUGCAAGCAGCACAAACUCUAUCAGACUCCAUACUUGAACGACGUUCUGUACUUACAUUAUAAAGGAUUUUCCUUCAUCGAGAAUCUCGAGAAAUACACAGGUCUGAAAUGUUUAUGGCUCGAGAGCAACGGUAUACGCGAGAUUGCUAAUUUGGAAAAUCAAAGCGAACUCAAGUGUCUGUAUUUACAUCACAACCUCAUCAGUAGGAUUGAGAAUCUCGAUUGCUUAACGAAGCUCGACACUCUGAAUCUCUCACACAACACGAUACGGAGGAUCGAGAAUCUCGACAGCCUCAAGUUCCUGAACAACCUGAACCUGUCGCACAACUAUCUACGAGAAACCGCUGACAUCGAGCAUCUCCGUCUGCUGCACGCGCUCUCGAUCUUGGAUAUCUCUCACAACAGGAUCGACACUUACAACGUCGUUGACGUAAGUCGAUAAUUACGCACACAAGAUGCAUAACCGGAAUACACGAGUAUUUCCGAAAUGACAGGUGAUACUUUGACAAAAACGUGUAAAUUGUAACGAAUUAAUGAAUAUUUUAUUGGAAACUAAUAUUAUUUUAAUCCUUUUGUGUCUGACUUUUUUUCUAGGACCAAUUAGCAUUUAAUCAAUAACGGUCUCA